AUGUCUCUAGUGCAUUUAGCAAACACAUGUUCACAUCUUCAGAACGCCUCUCGGGCGCGGCUGGGCCUCACCUCUAUCCCUGACACCAAAUUCCACCUGCGACUGAUGCUUGCGCUGCAAAACUCGGGGUUUAUCUCGACCGUCGUCCGCGGCGGUCCUACGCCUCCCCCAGCCCACGGACUGCUGUCGCAUCCGUCGUCGUCCGAUCCCACCGCACCCAUUGAGCCCGUGACGAGACACAACAUCUCAACGCGGCGGUUGUGGCUGGGGCUGAAGUACUGGCAAAGUAUGCCCGUGCUAGAGAAGAUGAGUCUGGUCAGCAAGCCGACGAGGAGGAUAUGGAUGGAUGUGACGGGAUUGAAACAGCUCGUCUUGGGCAAAGACGCAGGAUACGUCAAGGGACUACGGAGGCCCGGGGAAUGCAUCUAUGUGAGCACCGACAGAGGCAUCCUAGAGGCCAGAGAGUGUGUUGAGCAAAAGGUGGGAGGCAUGUUGAUCUGCCGCGUCCGGUAA